CACCGACGCGUUACUGCACAUUCAACAUGGACCCGACGGUGAAGCGGUAGCGACGGACGCCUCUACGAGUCAUGUUUAUAUUCUCCCAUUACGACGCUUCAUUAUUCAGAGGAAAACAUUCCGGUUGACCGGAGGACACCUAAAAUGUACAUCUUCGAAAAUCUGCCGCCCGUCCGUGGAUAAGUGAUUGAUGAGAUACCGGUCAUGGCUGGAUUGAUCAAGAAACAGAUCCUGAAACAUCUCUCCAGGUUUGCUAAGAACCUCUCCCCAGAUAAGAUUAAUCUGAGCACUCUGAAAGGGGAGGGCCAUCUUACAAACCUGGAGCUGGAUGAGGAGGUUUUGCAGAACAUGUUGGAUCUGCCCACCUGGCUCGCCAUUAACAAAGUCUUCUGCAACAAGGCCACCAUCCGGAUCCCAUGGACCAAGCUGAAGGCUCAUCCAAUCACUCUGACUUUGGAUAAAGUCAUCAUGGAGAUGAGCACCUGUGAUGAGCCUCGUCCUCCCAACGGCCCAUCACCCAUUGCAACAGCGUCGGGUCAAAGUGAAUAUGGUUUUGCGGAGAAGGUUGUGGAGGGCAUCUCUCUCUCUGUGAACUCCAUAGUAAUCCGCAUCAGCGCCAAAGCUUUUAAUGCCUCCUUCGAGCUCUCGCAGCUCCAGGUCCACAGCGUUAACACCAGCUGGGCCCCCAGUGACCUCCGAAACACACGCAUCCUGGACCCCACACGUGGAGAGAUCCUAACAUUUAAGGAAGUGAGCUGGCAGAUGAUCAGGAUUGAAGCGGACGCCAUCCAGAACACAGAACAUGAGGUUGUCAGCGCCCCCAUACGCCUCAUCACCAACCAGUCAAAGAUCAGAGUCUCUUUAAAGAGGAGGAUGAAAGACUGUAAUGUUAUUGCAUCAAAACUGAUUCUGGUCAUGGAUGACCUGCUGUGGGUGCUGACGGACUCUCAGCUCAAGGCCAUGGUGCAGUACGCCAAGUCUCUUAGUGAAGCCAUGGAGAAAUCAGCCGCACAGAGGAAGAGCAUGGCCCCCGACACCACACAGGUAACCUCGGCGCCCCCCUCAGCCCAGCAGGUGCGCACACAGCAGGCUUCAGCCACAGCAGAUCAGAGUGCUUCUAUGGCACGGCUGUUUAACGCCUAUGAUGUACGUGAGACCUCACACCACCUCCAAAUCAAACAUCUCGACCUGCAUAUCUGCGAUGACACCAUUGACAACGACAGAGGAAUUAAUAAGAGAUUAGAUGGUGGUGCAGUGCAGUUGUCCUUCAGCUCUAUCAGCGUAGAUUAUUAUCCCUACCACAAAGCUGGUGAGACCUGUAUGCACUGGAUGCAUUACGGUGAGGCCACAAAGUCCCGUGAGGCCUGGGCCUGUUCUCUCCUGGAUGAGUUUAAGUCUAAUUUGGAAAUGCUCAAAAAUGCAGUCAGUGGUCAGACCCAGAGCUCCCCUCAACAUGGAAAGAUCUCCACCAGCUCCAGCACUUCCUUCUCUCCCCCACCUUUACCGAGAUCCCAACUCAUGUCCAGCUCAAUUGUACUACAGAUCGCAGAUUUCAGCAUCUAUAAGGUGUCUACAGCAGACCAGUCACGCUCAAGUCCUCAAACCAUGAUCUCCUGCAAUAAGAAAUCCCUCUACCUCCCCCAAGAGAUGCCGGCUAUCCAUGCGGAAUUCACAGAGUACUACUUCCCGGAUGGCAAAGACUAUCCUAUCCCUUGUCCCAACCUGUAUGUGCAGUUAAACGCACUACAGCUGGUGCUUGACUCUCGCAGUCUGGUUUGGCUCAAUCUGUUUGCGCUGGACCUUCGUCAGAGCUUAGAGCAAUUUAUGGAGCUGUACAAACUCAAUGACUCACAGAAACCUGACGAGCAUGUAGAUAUCAGAGUGGACGGACUCAUGCUGAAGCUGGUGAUCCCUACAGACCAGGAGAAGACUCAGCCUGACCAGCCCCGCUCAGUUUCAGUCCAGACCUCAGAGAUGGUAGCCACUAACACACGUCACUCUUCUGGAUGUACUCGGUCCAGUCUGGAAGCCCUCUUGCAGGCCUUCAAGGAACAACCCUUCUUCACCUCCCUCUCUUCGUCUUUUCCUCGCUCUCAAAACUCCUUCUCUGUGCUGCAUUCUGUCUUCCAGCGGCAUGCUCAUGAGCAGGACACACGCAUUCAUGAUGUGUACCGUGGCCUUGCUCCGCCAUCUCUCUCCACCAAUGCCCUCAAAACACCAGCAGCCACUGACUUGUGGGCCGUGCAUUUUUCCCAGUUCUGGGUGGAUUAUGAGAGUUCACGCAGUGGGCGAGGUCGUCCGACACCUUGUGUGGACUCCUUCCCUCUGACAUUUUGGGCAUGCCACCCUGCCCGAUACACUCAGCUCCAUGAGAGGCUCAGAGCAGGCGUAGGGUCAGACCUGUUGCCUCGCAGUGAGUCAGCAGAGAUAGCUAGUCGUCUGCAGAGGAAGAAGCUUCUAAAGGAGUACUACAGCACUGGUACAUCUCCCAGCAACACGCCAAGCAAUGGCCUCCACGAACCACACUCUCUGGAUGGCCUUUUAAGCAACUCCUCUUCGUCUCUUUCCCUUGCUUCCUCAUCCUCGUCCAGUGAAGUAGACUUGCAGGUGCUAGUGCACGUUCAGAAGCACCUGAGUGCUCAGGUGAGCCAUGGGCAGUAUAUGUUUCUGCUCAGACUGCAAAAAGCUGUGAAAUCUCUGCAGCGCUCUUUACAGCAAGAUCUGGAGCAGUACGGCUCCAAGCGCCAGGGUCCCACUCAACCCUUCAGUGCCUGCGUGGGCGUGCACAUGAAAAGUGCAGAAGUUACACUACUCCUAAAGCCCAUUCCCCAAUCAGAUUUAAACUCCAGCCCUCUGGACUCAGACGUAUCCCCUUCAGAAAGCAGGGCCACUCUUGAAGCCGGGAGUGAGGUAAGCGAGGGGCACGAGAGGCCCUCGGCUGCAGGAGAGGGUACUCGUAAUGCGGAUCAGCUACUUGGUGCAGGGACACAUGCCAUCAACGCAUCUCCUCUCCUUCCUUCUCCAUCUCCUGCUCUGAGAAAGGUACCUAUGGAUGAGAGGAGUAGCGUGGUAUCUGGAGGGAGGGUGCCAUCUGAGGAGAAGAAGGAUUUGAGAGAAGGCUAUCCCAAUGGGGAGGGCAAAAGAACUGAAGCCGAAGGGCAGCAGAGUGUAACCUCACAAGGUGGAACCAUGGUAGUAGAUCCCAUGUCUGACAAUUCCUCCAGGGAAUGGAGCGACAAGAGUCAUGGAGGCAGGCUACCUCAGUCCAUGUCCAGGAAAGGCAGUUUAUCAGUGGUCUCUGACCUCUUAACUUCCACGCACAGCAGGUCUACCUCCUUAUAUUCCAUGUCCAACAUUGGUCGAUUGAUUCAGGGCAAGUCGCAGUCAAGUUUCUCAGUAUCCUUUUCUAAGAUCAUGAAGAAAAGCCCUUCACUACAGUCUCUGGAUGAUGUCUCCAUUGACAGUUACUCACUCGAGGAUUGUGACAGCUACAGCCUGCUGGAGAGAGAUGACAUAUCAAUCUCUGGUUUUAAGGAUGUUCUAAAUGAACAGAUUUCCACAGAAGGGACAAAUGUGACUCUCGCUCAGGAGGCAGAUGAGGGCCAGUCACCUGACGCCAUCAGUGCUGCCUCACAGAGCAUAGAUGAACCCAUGAAAGACCUUGUGUCUGUGCUGGUUUUGAAGAUUCAGUCAGUCUGCUGUUCUCUGGAUCUGAAGGGUGAUGAUACAGCAGUUGCUCUGGAGGUAGGACGGAUCCGACCCAACCAGCUCGGCAAUGUCAGUUUGCGGCAGUAUCUUAGCAACCGUGGCCUGGGUUUAUUGUCUACAGCAUCAGUCGCUCAAAGUUGCGAAGGUACUUCAAGCUCUGGGUCAGGGUCGGACCUCAGCACGGUGUUAUUAAAUCCAGAGGUGCAGGUGAGGCUUGAAAGCGGCCCGGGAGCUGCGGUUCACUCCCCUCUGGCCAAACAGAAUGGCUUCCUGCAGUGCCGCCUACAGGCCUUCAGUGCCGACUUCCUCAUGACAUCACUGCGAAACCUCGCUCUCUUCCUGGAGGAUGACUCCACCUCCCAGGUUCUCCCCAUGGAGAUCACCAUCAAAGAUACACACGUCAAUCUGAAGGAUGAUGGUCCCCGUGACAAAGCAUCUGAGACUGAGGCCACGCCAAUCGCCGUGCAUAUUAAUAAUCUUCUUAUUCAUCGCCAAGAUGAUGGCUCAUUCAGCAUCGGAGGAGCUGCGCGUGCUGCGGACUCAAAGCUUCAGAAGGCGGGGCCUGUGAAUGACAGCAGGCUCAGUUCUGUCCCUGAAGUUCCUGUAGGUGUGGCCAGUGAGCCAAAAGCCACUCAGACUGCAGCUCUGUCACCCACAAGCCCCACCCCCUCAAGUAGAGAACAGCUGCUCAUGGAGGAGAAUGAAUGCUUGAAACUGGAGCUCUCCAAAGCCAAGAUGGCGCUAGCGGAAGCCCAUAUGGAGAAAGACUCUCUCCAGCAUCAAAUGAAGACCCUCAAACUCACCAGCAGGGGCAGCAACAGCUAGUGGCAGUGCAUGUAUGUGUGUGCAUACAGGACUGACACCUGCCACUGGGGGGCAGCAGAGUGCUUGGAGGGGCCCGGCCCCAUAAAAAAUCCCAACUCUGCAUCCGAGAAGAGGAUGGUAUGUGUGCCGGGACGGUGAUCUCACCUCGGGAUCCAGACUUUGCAAUCAGUGGCAUCUGCUCUUAAAGAACAGUGUUCUUUACUAUAGUAUACACACAAAGCUUUAGCAUCAGAAAAAAUCAAGUGAAAAGUCUCUUCGGACAGCCCUGUGGAAUUCCACAGAUGUUUUGCUGCUCUCUUCCUGUUUUUAUUAUGUCUUUCACUUCAUUAAUUUUUGUGUCGACGAGCAAAGAGGUGAUGAACUCGCAUUCUCGCUAACUAUCUCUCUCUCUCUCUCUCAAACUUUCGUACACAAUGUAGAAGCACAUUCCACCCUUGACCUUUAACCCCAGAGCAGUCUUACACACUAAGUGUCAGGGUGUGUGAUGUUGAAUGUCAUAUCUUUGGAGGAAUGUCUUAAAAAUGAUUUUGCACUGCUUCGAACUCUUUUGUUAAACAAUAACUAAACAAAUUAUAAUAUCUAGUGAUUAAUACAUUUGUGGUUAUGUAUAGUAGUUGUAUAGUAGAAUGUUUUGUUAAUAAGUUCCAUUGAAUUGGUGUAGUCAAAAUUUACCUUCAUUAUGUUAGCAUCUCAAAAAUGGGAAUAUGUUUUCAGAAUUAUGUGCACAAACACACUACAGGAUUUGCUUUGCAGGACUUGAUUUCUCUUACUGUAUGGACAGAUUCUGUGUUUUGCAGUGCAACACUUUGAUAUUAGUUCAGUAUUCGGAACUAAAAACAUUGUCAUUCCAUGUUUGUCUUUUUAUGUUAAUAUUUGCACUGCAACAGUCAAAAUAUUAGUUUAAUUAUUAAUUUUCAGGGGUUACUUCUGUUAAAAUACCAUUCAGUCUGAAGAUGGAAUGUUUAACUGAUGCUUCGUCACAUUGUUGAUCUGAUUACCAGCAUUUCUGCACCAAAAAACAAAACAAAAGAAAAAAUGGAUGGAUGGAUGUUGAGUGAAAACCACUCUGAUGAAUGAAAUCUAAGAGUUUGUAUUAGUACAUUUUUGUUUUUGGCUUUUCUUAUUUAUACUUUAAAAGAGAAGGGCCUGUUUUAUGAUGAAAUAUGACGGGGAAAAAAUAUUUAAAUGUUUUCUUGGAUUUGCUUCACUCUGUCUCCUCCCUUUGUUUUCUUCCGGCUUGCUUUUUCUCUCUACAGCGGCCUCUACAAGUGCCUGUGACUGCACACCUACUUCAGAGGUACUGCUUGAUAUUUCUCUCACAUUGUGUUCUCUAAAUGAAUGUUUUAAUGCUCUUCACAACACAAGCUUCCAUCUGGAGAACAUUUUUCAGAUGUUAGGACUUGAACAUGGAGAGCUGGAUGACAAACACCUGAUUAUAGGAAACAAGAACUUUUCUUAUGCAGUACUAGGCCACACCCCAUGCCACAUUAGCCCCGCCUCAAUAUGUAAUAAACACGCCCCUAAUAGAUGGAGGCCCACCUCUUUAGCACAAAUGAUGUUCAAUCAAGCAAACUUGUAAAAUUGUUAUUCCUUGUGUCCAUCAGAAGCUGCUGAAGACCUGAGACAUCUGAAAUAAAAUGAGGAAAUACAAUUUCAAAUGUUUUAUUAAUAA